AAAAAAAUUGUAAAAAGUCAAUAGUGGAAGAAUGGGAGGAUAUUGUAAAAGUUUUCCAAAAAAAAGGAAGUUAAGCAAGUAUUUAAAAACAGCCAGAAAAGGAAAGUGAAGCAGGUAUUUAAAAAUGAAGAGAAUAUUACUCUCUCUCCUCCUAAUCUUCCACUACUUUUGCUUCUAACAAUUUUUUAUUUUUUCAACUACCCACUACCUCUAUAUUUUAUUACUUUCUCGAAUUUCUUCUAAAACUUCACGUAUGGAGAAAUUGAGCAAAUAUUUUAAAACGGAUAAAAUGUUUUAUACCCAAAAAAAAAAAAGUAACGUGCCGGCUUGCCAUACGCUAAGUAUUCGAAUUUGGAACAAUCUGCAAAAAUUUCGAGUCCCUUUCCCUAAAAAAAAACUAAAAAGUGCAAAACUUUGUUAUAACAAUCAAUUUAUCAGAUUCCCAUAAAAUUCAAACAUUUCUCCAAAUUAUUCGGCCUUUUUUUUUUUUUUUUUUUUCCCUCUUCCCUCCUGCACGUCGUCGGUCGGCAUCUUCUCCGGGACUUCUUUCGAACUUUCCCUACCUUUUGCCGGCCGCCGAUCAUCCGCUAUCUCUUUCUCUCUCCUCUCUGUUAUAGCCUGACUUCUUCGUUAUUCUUCAACCUGGUUGAUUUCCAAAUCCUUAGUUUUUUCGGAAUUUGUGUUUUUGGUGUUGAAUUGAAGGGGGAUGACAAGUCAAGGUAGGAAAAGUAUGUCAUCUUCACAUGCCAAGAACAAAGCAGCCGAAAAUGGUGGUCCCUCGGACCCUGUUCGAAAGCCUGCCCCUUCUCCACGCUCAAUGGGAUUGACUGGAGAACGUACAGUAAAACGCUUGCGACUAUCGAGAGCACUUACAGUUCCUGAAACUACAAGUGUUUAUGAUGCUUGUCGCCGGAUGGCUGCUCGCAGAUUAGAUGCCUUAUUGCUUACUGAUUCAAAUGCUUUACUCUGUGGAAUUCUUACAGACAAGGAUAUUGCAACAAGAGUUAUAGCUAAAGAACUAAAUCUUGAAGAGACGCCUGCUUCAAAAGUGAUGACCAGAAACCCUGAUUUUGUUCUUUCUGAAACUCUUGCUGUGGAUGCCUUACAAAAAAUGGUCCUAGGGAAAUUCAGACAUUUACCAGUUGUAGAAAAUGGAGAGGUUGUAGCUUUACUUGACAUAGCAAAGUGUUUAUAUGAUGCCAUUGCACGUAUGGAGAGGGCAGCUGAGAAGGGGAAGGCCAUUGUUGCAGCUGUUGAAGGUGUUGAGAAAAACUGGGGUUCAUCAGCUUCAGGCCCUAAUACAUUCAUCGACGCAUUGAGGGAUCGUAUAUUCAGGCCUUCAUUGUCUACAAUUCUGUCUGAGCAUUCAAAGCUCCUAACAGUAUCACCUACUGACACAGUCUUAGAAGCAGCAAAGAAGAUGCUUGAAUCUCAUUUAAGCUGUGCUAUUGUUACAGUAGAAAAUAAACCAAAGGGCAUCUUGACGUCCAAGGAUAUAUUAAUGCGGGUAAUUGCACAAAAUCUCCCUCCAGAUUCAACACUUGUGGAAAAGAUCAUGACACCUAAUCCAGAAUGUGCAACUGUUGAUACACCUAUAGUUGAUGCUUUGCACACAAUGCAUGAUGGGAAAUUCUUGCAUUUGCCAGUUGUGGAUAGAGAUGGGUAUGUUGUUGCUGUUGUUGAUGUGAUUCACAUCACCCAUGCUGCUGUUGCCACUGUUGGUAAUACUGGUGGAAUUAAUACUGAGGCUACUACCAAUAUGAUGCAAAAAUUUUGGGAUUCUGCCAUGCAAUUGGGACCUGCAGAUGAUGAUGAGGAUUCAAGGAGUGAGGGAUCCCUUAAAUUGGCAUCUGAAAGUGGCGAUACUACAAAAUCCUUUCUCACUUCAUCAGCUCAGCCAAAUAACUUUGCCUUCAAAAUUGAAGACAAGAGUGGCAGGAUGCACCGGUUUAUAUGUGAUACACGAAACUUGACUGAUCUCAUUACUUGUAUACUUCAAAGAGUGGGCGAUGAUAUUGAUCGCAACCGUCUUCCUCAGAUUUUGUAUGAAGAUGAAGACGGUGAUAAAGUUGUCCUUGCUUCAGACAGUGAUCUUGCUGCAGCUGUAGAUCAUGCUAGAUUAGCUGGAUGGAAGGGAUUAAAAUUACAUUUAGAUUACUCUGGAUUACGUCGUCGUAGACGCGCUUCUGGGGCAACGAGCCUGGAUUAUGCUCAGCCUGAUGCAUGGUCAUCUGCAUACAGUACAGUUGCAGCAGGUGCUGCAUUUGCUGCUGGAUUGGGUGUACUUGCUUAUUUGAGGAGAAAUGGCUAAUAGCACUAUGGCCUCGAUAUAUUUUACUUCAGCUGCAGGCAUGACAACAUUUCAUUGGCAGGAUACAUAUUUGUUGGUUGGCUUUGUGUUUAUUGAGGACCAAGGAGUGAGUUGUGCCAGCAGCCUCUUUUUGUAUAGAUCUAUAAAAAAAAAAAAGGAUGCCAAUGUGAAUUUUUGCUGGCUAACUGAGUGUUAGGCCAUGUGUGAUACACGAUUAUAUGUGUUGUUUCAUGGAAAGCUAUUAUUUCAUGAUUGAAUUCCUCAUAUUCAUGUAAUUUCUUGAUUCAUAAUAAACACCAAACCAGCUGACAAGAUGAUGAUGAAAAGAUUAUAUUUGAAUUGAUAGGCUUUUUAUUUGAAAUGCUGUUUAUGUUUGGUGUUCAAGCUUGAUUGUAAUGAGAAUUUACCCUUUCA